CGUGUUCUGUAGAUCCCGGUGCUCUGAUUGGUCGGCUGUAGAUCCCUGGGCUCUGAUUGGUCGGCUCGGUGUUGCCAGAGCAGUCUGGUCUGAACUGAUCGUGUUGAUCUCAGCAGUCAUCAUGGCGCUCACUGACCCAGACUCAGAGCACCCAUAUAGCCAUCUAAUCGACACCCUGAUAGAUGGCAGGAUCAAGUUCUUCAAUCCACAGAAAUUAAAUGAUCCAAGAUAUGAUAAGCUGCCUCUGUCCAUCCGUGUCUUACUGGAGGCAGCGAUCCGUAACUGUGAUGGCUUUUACACAAAAGAAGACGACGUCGAGAAGCUUCUGGAUUGGCAGCAGCAGCAGAAUGAAGCGGAGGUGCCGUUCUCUCCGGCGCGAGUCCUUCUUCAGGACUUCACUGGUAUUCCUGCCAUGGUGGACCUGGCAGCCAUGAGGGACGCUGUGGCCAAACAUGGCAGGAACCCCGGCCUGGUCAACCCUAAAUGCCCCACAGACCUCAUCGUAGAUCACUCAUUACAGAUUGAUUAUAGCAAAUGUGCCAUACAGAAUGCUCCGAACCCGGGUGGAGGGGACGGUCCAAACCAGAGCCAGGGUCCUUCCCGUUCCACAUCCAGGCGAGGCUCACAUUGUGGGAGCCAGCGGGGCUCCUGUAGUAAAGCUGCCUGCAGCGACCUUCCAUCCUCCCCGGGUCGAGCUCCGGCGUCUGUCCAGCAGAUCGAGAACACGCCUCUCCUCUGCCCUUUCCACCUGCAGCCUGUGUCUGAAACUGAAACAGCUGUGAAGAAUCAGGAAAUGGAACUGAUCAGAAACAAAGAGAGGCUUCAGUUCUUUAAGUGGUGUUCAAAAGCGUUUAAGAAUGUGAACGUGGUUCCUCCGGACGUUGGUGCAGUCCACCAGGUGAAUCUGGAGUAUCUGUCCAGAGUGGUCCAGGUCACCGACGGUUUCAUCUACCCCGACAGUGUGGUGGGAACCGACUCACACACCACCAUGAUCAAUGGCCUGGGCAUCCUGGGCUGGGGUGUCGGGGGAAUCGAGUCAGAAGCCGUGAUGCUGGGCCAGCCGGUGUCUCUGACUCUUCCUCAGGUGGUGGGCUGUAAGCUGGUGGGCUCCAUCAACCCUCUGACCACCUCAAUAGACACCGUCCUCGGCAUCACAAAGCACUUGCGGCAAGCUGGGAUCGCUGGGAAGUUCGUAGAGUUUUUUGGACCUGGUGUCUCCCAGCUAUCAGCUCCUGACCGGACCACCAUCGCCAACAUGUGCCCAGAGUACAACGCUACUGUCAGCUUCUUCCCUGUCGACCAAGUCACACUCGAGCACUUUAAAAAGACAAAUUUUAGCCAGGAAAAACUUGAAUUAAUGGAGUCUUACAUGAAGGCUGUAAAACUUUUCCGAAGCUAUGAAGACUCCUCAGAAGACCCCCACUACUCUGAGGUGAUUGAGAUCAACCUGACUUCCUUCGUGCCCUGUGUGAGCGGACCGAAGAGGCCUCAGGACAGAGUGGCAGUCAGCAGCAUGAAAGAAGACUUCCAGAGUUGCCUCGAUGAGAAGGUUGGCUUCAAAGGCUUUCACAUCGCUAAAGCGAAGCAGGAAACGCAGGUUCCUUUCCUGCACUGCGGUCGCGAGUACCAGCUGGCUCACGGCUCGGUGGUCAUCGCCGCCGUCAUCAGCUGCACCAACAACUGCAACCCGUCUGUCAUGCUCACCGCAGGUCUACUGGCCAAAAAGGCUGUGGAGGCGGGGCUUGUUGUCAAGCCUUAUAUUCGGACCAGCCUGGCUCCUGGAAGUGGCAUGGUCACUCACUACCUCAGUACCAGUGGAGUCCUGCCUUACUUUAACCAGCUGGGGUUUGAUGUGAUUGGUUACGGCUGUGCCACCUGUGUGGGGAACACGGCUCCGUUACCAGAAGCUGUUGUGGAUGCAAUCAAACAGGGGGACCUGGUGGCCUGCGGUGUUCUAUCUGGCAACAGGCACUUUGAAGGCCGCCUGUGUGACUGCGUGCGUGCCAACUACCUAGCCUCCCCGCCCCUGGUCGUGGCUUAUGCUCUUGCGGGCACUGUGGGAAUCGACUUUGAGAAAGAGCCUCUGGGUGUGACUUCAGAGGGAAAGGAGGUGUACCUGUGUGAUAUCUGGCCGUCCAGGGAGGAGGUCCAACAGACCGAAGAGGACACAGUCAUCUCCUCCAUUUUUAAGGAUCUCAGGGGAAGGAUGGAGAAAGGGAACACGCUUUGGAACAACAUUGAAUGUCCAGAUUCUGUGGUUUUCCCCUGGGAUCACAAGUCCACAUAUAUCCGUUCGCCGUCUUUCUUCAGCAAGUUGAGUAAAGAGGUACCAGCUCCUCAGUCGAUAGAGAACGCUCAUGUCUUACUGUUCCUCGGGAACAAAGUGACCACGGACCACAUCUCACCGGCGGGCAGCAUUGCCAGGGUCAGCGCCGCUGCCAAGUACCUGCUGAGCAAACGCCUGACACCGCGGGAGUUUAACUCGUAUGGCGCUCGCCGAGGGAACGACGCAGUGAUGACCAGAGGCACCUUCGCCAGCAUCAAGCUCCAAAAUCGAUUCAUCGGCAAACCAGGCCCUAAGACUUUGCACAUUCCUUCAGGCCAGACACUGGAUGUCUUCGAGGCAGCUGAUCGCUAUCAGAGAGACGGCAUUCCUCUCAUCAUCCUGGCAGGCAAAGACUACGGAUCUGGAAACUCCAGGGACUGGGUAGCCAAAGGACCAUACCUGCUGGGGGUUCGUGCAGUCAUCGCCGAGAGCUUUGAGAAGCUGCACAAGAACCAGCUGGUGGGAAUGGGCAUCAUGCCGCUCCAGUUCCUGCCCGGCGAGAACGCAGACUCGCUGGAGCUCAGCGGGAAAGAGAAGUUCACCAUCACCCAGCCGGACAGCCUGAGUCCGAGGCAGCAGCUCACUGUCAAGACAAGCCAAGGAAAGUCCUUCUUCGUUACCGCACUGUUUGACACUGAGAUGGACGUUAUAUUUUUCCGAAACGGAGGUCUCCUCAGAUACGUUGCUCGGACUUUGCUCUGAAACAGCCUGCAGCCCGGUCCCCAAGCCCCACUGAAUGUGCCCAGCAGUCCUCAUUUCACCAGUUUGUCUUCAGCAUGGAUGAAACACAGCUCAUUGGAGCAACAUAAAGGCUGAGGAUUUUUCCGUUUGACCUGGAUGAACAUCUCCAGACUUUUAGUCAUGAGACGUCACUUUUUAGACCUGAGCUGCUACUUUCGUCACUACAUGUGGCUGAUGAAGCAGCGUUUCUUCUCAGAAGAUGGUCAAAAACAAAGCGCAAGAAGGCGUGGUGACAUUCACUCAAUAAGGAGAUUAUACUCUCGACGAAUUUUGAACAUUGUUUUUUUUUUCCGUCUUGUUGUGUUUGAGACCGAGAAGACAUUUCUUUCAUCAUGGAGUUGAGCCAGGAAGAAAUAAAUCCCAUCUGCUUCUGUUGUCGUUUAACAAAGUAAAUAAAACAAUCCUGCCUAGAGAGGCUUACAUGGUGCUAGGUACUACGGCAUGAAUACAUUGUUUUUUAGGGUGCGGUAUAGCCUGUUUUUUCCCUGACAUCCAAGUAAAGUCUAAUUUUACAGAAAUUAUGUCAGUUGCCCAUAUUUCAUUUUGGGGCCAAAUAAUCUUAUGUAAAUUAAAGUUCUGUUGAUAUUUCUUUGAACAAAUUCCCUUUUGCAGUUGCCUCCUGAUACUCAAUUUGUGUUAUGUGGAAAAUAUGAAAUCCCUCUUUUUCCUUUUUGCUGUAUCACUAAACUACAUAAAGUUACCUCCUACUACAACUGACAGUCCUCUGCAUCACAUUAAAGUAAUUAUAAAUGUUAUUCAAAUAUUAGUCCAUAAAGCAGGAGAUGCUUUUAACGGUUUGAUUAAUGUUGCGCCAAAAAAGACAACUUAUUUAAAAUACAUUCAGUGUUUGUACCCAAAGUAUAAAUAUCAAGACGCAACAUUUCAAAUUUCAAAUUUGAGUUAACCUAACUGGUGCUGAGGGGAAAGUAGUUACAUUUUUAUUGCUGGCUGUAUUUACACUUGUCAUUUGCAUGUAGUUUUUUUUUUUAAAGGAAUAAUUGAAAACAGAUUUUGCGAGAUCACACGCCUGAAUCACCCAAAUAACUUUUACUUGUGUAUCUCCAGUGAACGUGUCCGGUUAAAUCUCUUUCCCCAGCCUGAGACCGACAACCCUCAGUGUUCAGCAUUUUAAAAUAAAUAUUUUAAUGAGUACAUUUUAAUUAUAAUAAAUUAUAUUUAAAGGGAAAUUCCAGAUUUUAGACACCAAAGUCUGUUUCCGAAAGUUUGGCCAGCUACAUGAGUCGCUGCUGAAGUGUUGCUCAAGCACUCGUUGAAUAGCACUGGGAACUUAACCUUGCGCGGCAGCUGGAUUCUCAAGAGAUCACAUAUCACACAAAAAUCUAUCUUGUCAGGCUUCAAAUACAUUUGUGUCUAGCAAGCCAGGGCACUGACCCAGCGUCCUGUGAGGAGCUACUGGCAGCUACAGGCGUGGCUUAGGUGUGUGUGAGACGACGUUCUAAAAAACAAUGGCGGCUCCUGAAAAGGUUGGCGUAGACGCUGCAAUAGCAUCAUUGAAAGAAGAGCAAAGAACGGCACUGAAGGCUUUUCCCGUCUGGCUUCAGCAAGAGUUUGAUUGACAGAUGGUUCAUCCAAUCACCUGCCACGUAUUUUGUGAAGUGCCUGCCCCUUUUUCAAUCAGCUUCUCAGAUGGUUCUGUGUAACAAACCAUCUCCCAUCUGGCCGGUGAGGUUACUGGGAACGGCAAGAAAAGUUUUUUUUACAUUUUUUUUGACGGAACUGGAAUUGUUGGGAGAGAGAAGGGGACCGGAAAUGGCGAAACAAAACAUAUGAUUGGUUGAUGCUCCUCCGCGUCAUUGGAGUAAAGCAAGAAAGCGAAUACUUACAUUUCCCAAAAUGAUUAUUUCUUUACGUAAUCUCACUUUAACAACUGGACCCAUUUCGAUACCCGGUCCCUGUCGUGAUUUGGCGCCGUGUGAAGAUAAAAGCUGCAUGAAAGUGACAAGUGUAAUAAUAGAGCUUCAUAUCUUUGGUGCUUCUAAUGCCAUCAGUUCAUUACUUUCACUUAUGUCAGACUUAUUACUAAAUAUUACAUGCAUGAGGAGAUUUAUCAGAUCAAUUGUAGGGGAAAAUGACUGAAUCAAUGCUCUAUCAAUGCAGUUUGAACUGAAUUAUAAGUCAAUGGAGGAACACCAGCCCGGCCUAUAAUACAGGUAUUCUUUAAUUUAUAAUCCAUCACAAAUGACAUGUAUUGGGGGUACUGGACUGGACUUAAAUAAUUCUUUUUGUCAGCUCUGUAGGAUUUAAUUUUUGUGCAUGUUGAAACCAUUUUGGCUCAGAGUCAUAAAAAAGAGUACUUUAGUAGAUAAUGGCACUUUCUGAAAUCCUCCCUUCAUGUAUCACGUCACGUUGUUUAGAAAGUGGAUUGGAGCCUUUAUGCAUUUAUAUUUUUUAGAGAGCGUGAUAUAAUUACUGGCUGUUUAGGAGAAGUUAUUUAUUGAUUACCUACACUAUUCCGUUAAAUAUGUUGAAACCAUAUACUGCCUACUUUGUUUUUGUCAUUUUAAGAGUGAACAAAGACGGUGUUUUGCCAACUGCCAAAACAAGCUGAAACAAGUAGCAAGCUGUCAUGAGUCUCGUAGUUUCUACACUGCUUAUUAAUAUUACAGGACAUGUAGGUUUUUAGUUCCUCAGCCAGUCCAUCUUCACUAUUUGCCUUCCUAGUUUGAGGUUGUUUUGAUUAGUCAGUGAUAUCUGAAUGCAGCACAGUGUGAAAGCUUUAGCCGUAGUGUCAUCAUGUGUAGCAGUUAACUGGUACACUGCUGCUUCCCAUUAUCUCAGUUUAUGGAAGCAAAGUAUGUAAAACGAGUGCAUCACUGCACAAGUGAAAAGGUGUCUGGAUGUCUGUAACUCUGAAUCAUAUUGUUAAUAGUUUUUAAUAAAUGGUAAGGCAACGCUG